AUGUGCAUGAUUGCGGUGGCAAAUACCACAAAUUUGCAUUUAAGUGAAGAAGAGUUACAAGAUCUUACUCUUGCAGAGAUGGAAAAGUUGUUACAAGCAAAUGGAAAAAGUCUAAGGGAUUAUCCUCCAAUGCCGUUCCCAAAUGAAAUUUAUCUUGCAGAAGUUCAAAAUAGAUUGAUUCAAGAUGAGCUCUCCUAUGAUAAAGUUGCAUUGGCUGAAGAGUAUAAGAACCUUCUUUCUUGUCUCACUGAUGAACAGAUGGGUGUUUAUGAAACAAUAAUGCAUGUUGUAUCAGUAAAUGAAGGAGGUGUGUUCUUCUUAUACGGGUAUGGAGGUACAGGAAAGACUUUCAUAUGGAAAACACUUUCAGCAGCACUACGAUCUAAGGGUGAAAUUGUUCUUACAGUUGCAUCGAGUGGAAUAGCGUCUCUAUUGAUUCCUGGUGGUAGAACAGCUCAUUCUAGAUUUGGAAUUCCUUUGAAUAUUAACGAGGACUCCUGUUGUAAUAUCAGACAGGAAAGUCAAUUGGCUCAACUAAUCUGUAAGUCCAAGCUCAUAAUAUGGGAUGAAGCCCCUAUGACUAACAAAUAUUCAUUUGAAGCUUUGGAUAAGACCUUGAGGGAUGUUCUUAGAUUUACAAAUCCUAAAAGCUUUCAGCAACCUUUUGGAGGUAAAGUUGUAGUUUUUGGGGGUGACUUUAGACAGAUAUUGCCCGUUGUUCCAAAGGGGACAAGACAAGACAUCGUCUUUGCAACGAUAAACUCUUCAUAUUUGUGGAAAUUUUGCAAGGUUCUAAGAUUGACAAAAAAUAUGAGGCUUCAUAAGAGUUGUCAAGAUUCUGCAUUAAACAAGAUAAGAGAGUUCUCGGAAUGGAUACUAAAAAUCGGUGAUGGUGAAAUUGGUGAUCAUAAUGAUGGUGAAGGAAUUGUAGAAAUUUCAGAAGAUCUUCUUAUCAAGGACUCAGACAAUCCCUUGGAAGCAAUUGUUGAUAGCACAUAUCCUUUUUUACUUCAGAAAAUGGGAGAUUCUAAGUAUCUGCAGGAGAGGACAAUUCUUGCACCUACACUUGAAAUUGUAAAAACGGUGAAUGACUUUAUGCUUUCGUUGGUUCCAGGUGAAGAAAUAACUUAUUUUAGCUCCGACAGUGCUUGCAAAGCAGACGUCAAUGUUGAUAGUCAUGAAGAUUUAUACACAACUGAAUUCUUAAAUUCCAUUACAUCUUCCGGUCUUCCAAAUCAUGAAUUAAAAUUGAAGAUUGGUGUUUCAGUAAUGUUGCUUAGAAAUAUUGAUGAGAAAUCUGGUUUAUGCAAUGGAACUAGAUUGAUAGUGACACAAUUGGGAAAACAUGUUAUAGAAGCUAAGGUUAUUUCAGAAAGCAAGGUGGGUCACAAGGUAUUUAUUCCUCGAAUGGUACUAUCUCCAUCAGAUUCUAGAUUGCCGUUUAAAUUUCAAAGAAGACAGUAUCCAUUAGCUAUUUGUUUUGCCAUGACAAUAAACAAAAGCCAAGGACAAUCACUUUCUCAUGUUGGUUUGUAUUUGCCAAGGCCGGUUUUUAGUCAUGGCCAACUAUAUGUGGCAGUCUCCAGGGUAAAAAGUAGGGAUGGAUUGAAGAUAUUGAUUAUUAAUGAUGAAGGACAAUUAUGUAACACUACAAGCAAUGUAGUAUUCAAAGAGGUGUUUCAUAAUUUGAAAUAA